AGGCGCGCCCAGCCCAGCGCUCCAAAUUUGACGCAGUUCAGCUUCAGCUCAAAACGGUGCGGAGCAGAAGAAAUUCUACUAGUUCACCUGUGAGUUGGUGAUUUCUGAAAUGUGAUCAAACCAGAUUUGAUGCUCUGACAUAAACCAAAACACUGUUGGAAGUGUUUUUCCCCAAGAGAAGACGUCUUCCUGGAAAAAAAAACCAUCUGAUCAUGUUUGAAGAUCUACAAUCUCCCUAUUUGGUCUCCCUGUUUGGAGUCUUUGUUGCUCUGCUGCUCUUCCACCUUCUUUACUCCAGCUUCAGCUCCAGCCGAAGACCAGAACCUCCAGGACCCAGACCGGUUCCUCUGUUUGGUAACCUGUUCCAGGUGGAUCUGAAGUGGCUUGACAAAAGUCUUUUUGCUCUGUCCAAAAAAUAUGGACCAGUCUUCCAAGUCCACUUUGGCCCAAAGAAGGUGGUGGUUCUGGCGGGUUACAAGGCAGUUAAGCAGGCUCUGGUGGACCAGUCUGUUGAAUUUGGAAACAGAGAUAUCACUCCAGCAUUUUAUGAUUUGGCCAAAAGUCAUGGUAUCAUCUUUUCUAAUGGAGACUCUUGGAAAGAAAUGAGACGUUUCGCUCUGAAAACAUUGAGAGAUUUUGGAAUGGGCAAGAAGUUGAGUGAAGAGAUAAUAACAAAGGAAUGUUGCUUCCUAAUUGACGAAUUUGAACAUUUUGAAGGUAAACCCUUCAGUGACACCAAGGCCAUUAACUGUGCCACCUCAAAUGUCAUAUCGGUUUUGCUGUUUGGGAGGAGAUUUGAUUACAAAGAUCCGGUCUUCCAGGCGAUGGUGCAAAGAGAAAGUGAAAUCAUUCGUCUGACAGGGUCGGCAUCUGUCUGGAUUUACAACAUUUUUCCUUGGCUGGCCCCUCUCCUUAAAAACUGGAGGGAUUUGAUCAAGAAUGUGAAUGAAAACAUAGCAGAUGCAAGUAAGAUAAUUGCAGACUUAAAGGAUUCUCUGGACCCUGAGGCGUGCAAGUGUUACGUUGAUGCAUUUCUGAGUCAUAAGAAACACCUGGAGGAUUCUGGACUCAAAAACCUGUACUACCAUGAUGAGAACCUGCUGUACAGCGUGACAAACCUGCUUGAGGCAGGAAAUGAUACCACAGCGAAUACAGUGAAGUGGGGUCUUUUCCACAUGGUCAAGAACCCUCAUAUUCAAGAUGGUGUUCUGGAGGAGCUGAGCAGGGUCGUUGGAAGCCGGCAGAUUCGAUUGGAGGACAGGAAGAACCUGCCGUACACCGAUGCUGUGAUCCAUGAAAUACACAGACUUUCAAACAUCUUCCCCCUCAGUCUUCCUCACGCAACAAGUACAGACGUCACGUUUCAGGGCUACUUCAUCGAAAAGGGAACAACCGUUUUCCCUCUUCUCACGUCUGUCCUGUACGAUGAGAGUGAAUGGGAGAGUCCUUACACUUUCAACCCGUCUCAUUUCCUGGAUAAUGAUGGCAACUUUGUCAGGAGGGAUGCCCUCUUGUCUUUUUCUGCAGGUCGCAGAGCUUGCCUUGGAGAGAUUCUGGCCAAAGCGGAGGUUUUCAUCUUCUUCACCUCUCUUCUUCAGCGCUUUCGUUUCACUCCUCCUCCUGGAGUCUCAAAAGAUGAGCUGGAUUUAACCCCAGCUGUGGGCUUCAGCCUCUGUCCUCGACCUCAGAAUCUGUGCGCUGUCCGACGCAAGUGAAGAAGACGACAAAGUCUUGUUUUGUAUUUCGUUGUGAGAGCAGAAGUGCUGUUUGGUCCACACGAUGGACACGGUGUUUUAUUUUUAAUAUUUUUUUUAGCAAAGAAGUAUUUUAAUAUACUUAUGCAUGAAAUGCUUUUGAAUUUUAAAUCAAUGAAGUGAACCAAACUUGUCGGAACUUGACACCAACAAACUGAUCUUUUUUUUUAAUCUGUGCCAAACUAGAUAAUUUAAUAUUAAGUAAUUAUUUGAUUUUAAACAGUAACCUCUUAUUGAAUUUAACAGGGAUUUUUUGUAAUGAGGAAACAGAAAACAUUAAAUGUUAAAUGGUUUGAUUAUUAAAUUGCUACAGAGUAUAAUUUUAGAGUCAGUAUUUAGGAUUUAAAAUAAGUUUCAAUAACUUUUUUUAAAGAUCUCAGCCACAUGAUUUUUUUUUUUUACUUAAUGUCUUAACACAUUCAUGGUUCAACAUCAAUAAAAAUUUGCCUUUUAGAA